AUGGAGAACCGGCCUGGGUCCUUCCAGUACGUCCCUGUGCAGCUGCAAGGGGGGGCGCCCUGGGGCUUCACCCUUAAGGGGGGUCUGGAACACUGCGAACCGCUCACAGUGUCUAAGAUUGAAGAUGGAGGCAAGGCAGCCUUGUCCCAGAAGAUGAGGACUGGUGAUGAGCUGGUGAAUAUCAAUGGCACUCCAUUGUAUGGCUCCCGUCAAGAGGCCCUCAUCCUCAUCAAAGGCUCCUUCCGGAUCCUCAAGCUGAUUGUCAGGAGGAAGAACACCCCCGUCAGUAGGCCACAUUCAUGGCAUGUGGCCAAGCUGCUGGAGGGAUGCCCUGAAGCAGCCACCAACAUGCAUUUCCCUUCUGAAGCCUUCAGCUUGUCCUGGCAUUCCGGCUGCAACACGAGUGACGUGUGUGUGCAGUGGUGUCCACUCUCCCGGCACUGCAGCACUGAGAAAAGCAGCUCCAUUGGCAGCAUGGAGAGCCUGGAGCAACCAGGCCAAGCCACCUAUGAGGGCCACCUCUUGCCCAUUGACCAGAGCACAUACCCCAAUCAGCGUGACUCAGCCUAUAGCUCCUUCUCAGCCAGCUCAAAUGCCUCUGACUGUGCCCUUUCCCUCAGGCCAGAGGAGCCAGGCUCUGUGGACUGCAUCAUGCAAGGCCCAGGGCCAACGAAGGCCCCUAAUGGCCAGCUUAAUGUGGCCGAAACCUCAGGAGGUGGCCGGCAAACCAGUGGGGGCCACUUGACUCCUAGCUCGCAGAUAUCAUCCCGUCCACAGGAGGUCCACCCCUCAGGGCCUGCCAAGGCUGCCAGGGGUCCACCACAACCUCCAGUGAGGCGAGACAGUCUUCAGGCCUCCAGAGCCCAACUCCUCAAUGGAGAGCAGAGUAGGGCUUCUGAGCCUGUGGACUCCUUGCAACAGAAGGAGAAACCUAGCUUGGACACCAUGCUAUCCCCAAAGAACCCUAACAGGUUCUACUGCCUCAGCGGGCAAGACCAAGUGACAAAUGAGGCCCAUCAGAACUGUGAGCUCAGCCAACUUCCUGAAUCCAGCCAGAAGGGCUCUGAGCAUCUACUGAUGGAGGCCUCGGCCAAAGCUGUUGGAUUCCCAAAAGCAUAUGACAAAGCUUCCAGCACAGAUUCCAGCCCACUCAACCAGGCUUCAGCAGAACUAGCUAAGGCUUCUUCUUUUGGCAGCCCUCCACAUCCCACAGGGCAUCGCCAUAGUGCCCCUGAACAGCUACUGGCAUCCCACUUGCAGCAUGUGCACCUUGAUACUAGGGACAGCAAGAGGACGGAGAUUCCAGCUGGGCAGGAUGGGCAGGAGUGGACUCUAUCCCCUUUGCACAGUAGCCACACAGGCAAGAAAAGCCCAUGUCCCCCUUCAGGAGGAACCCAGGACCAGCCCAGCAAAGAGAGAAAGACCAGGCCAGUGGAUGAUAAACUUCUGGGUUCGGGGCAUCAGAGCCCAAGCAGUUCCCCACAUGGAGAGGCUGAUGGACAGCCUCCAGAAAGAAGUUUCCAGGACCCAAACAGAGCAAGCAGAGCUGACAGUGAAUUGUCCAGCCAGCAGUCCUCUGCCUCUGGCUCCCUUGUUCAACAAACCACUAAAGUAGCUGGCCGCACAGAGGCGACUGAAGAAGGGGACAGUGAUCCCAAGGAGUGUGGCCGGGUGGGUGGUAGGCGAAAUGGAGGGACCCGGGGCCGCUCAAUACAAAACCGGCGGAAGAGCGAGCGUUUUGCUACCAAUCUACGUAAUGAAAUUCAGAGGAGGAAGGCCCAGCUCCAGAAAGGCAAGAGUCCCUUGUCACAGCUGUGUGACACCAAGGAGCCAGUGGAAGAGACCGAGGAGCGUCUAGAAAGUCCUCCACUUCCUGCCUCUAACUCAUCCCUUCUAUCUUCAUAUAAAAAACCACCUAGCCCCAGAGACAAGCACUUCAACAAGAGUAUGAUACUCAGGGCUAGGUCUUCAGAGUGCCUCAGCCAAGCCCCUGAGGGCCAUGAAUCUAGGAUGGGCUUGGAGGGACGAAUGAGCCCUAGCCAGAGACCUGGCCAGUCCUCUUUGAGCCUGAACACCUGGUGGAAAGCAUCUGACCCAUCCUCCUCAGACUCUGAAAAAACAAAUGUUCACCGUGGAGUCCGUGGAGGUCACUGGAGAUGGUCGCCAGAGCAUAACCUGCAGCCACAUGUGGCACUAGCCGUGGAAAACUCUUCCAACCCAGGUGACAAGGAACUGAAGGCAUCUACUGCCCAAGCUGGGGAGGAAGCCAUCCUCUUGCCCUUUGCAGACAGAAGAAAGUUCUUUGAAGAGAGUAGCAAAUCCUUAUCUACAUCUCAUUUGCCAGGUUUAACCACUCAUAGCAAGACUUUUACCCAGAGACCAAAACCUGUUGACCAAAACUUCCAGCCAAUGAGCUCCAGCUAUAGGGAAUUGAGGCGCCAUCCCAUGGACCAAUCAUAUCACUCCACAGACCAAACCUAUCAUGCCACAGACCAAUCAUAUCAUUCCAUGUCACCCCUUCAGUCAGAAACUACCACUUACAAAGAAUGUUUUGCAAGCAAAGGUCUAGAACAAUCCAUGUGUUGUAAGCCACUACACUGUGGUGAUUUUGAUUACCGCAGGACAUGCUCUUACUCCUGCAAUGUCCAGGGAGCUGUAGUCCAUGACCCUUGCAUUUAUUGUUCUGGGGAAGUCUGCCCUGCUUUGCGAAAGAGAAAUAUGAUGCCAAACUGCUACAACUGCCGGUGCCACCACCACCAGUGCAUCCGGUGUUCAGCUUGCUAUCAUAAUCCCCAGCAUGGUACCCUUGAGGACAGCAGCUUGGCACCUGGCAACACUUGGAAACCCAGGAAUCCAACAGUGCAGGACUUUCCUGGGGACAAAUGGAAACCAAUAACAGGAAACAGGAAGACCAGCCAGUCAGGGAGGGAAAUGGCUCAUUCCAAGGCUAAUUUUUCAUGGGCAACCUCCUUCCAUCCUUGCUUUGAGAACCCAGCACUGGACUUGUCAAGCUACCGAGCAAUCUCUUCUCUUGACCUCCUUGGAGACUUCAAGCACUCCUCAAAAAAACCAGAGGAAACCUCCGUUUAUGAAGAGGAAAGCUCCCUAGCCUCCAUGCCCCGCCCACUGCGCAGCCGGGCCUUCUCAGAGAGCCACAUCAGCUUGGAUCCUCAGAGCUCCCGGGCCUGGGGGCAGCAUAGAAAGGAGCUCUUUACCAAAGUUGAUGAGAUCCAGCCAGAUCCUCUGGGUGCCAGGAGGAAGGCCUUUCCUCCUCCUCGCCCUCCUCCUCCCAACUGGGAGAAGUACAGGCUCUUUCGUGCAGCCCAGCAGCAGCAGCAACAGCAGCAGAAGCAGCAAAAGCAGCAGCAAGAGGAGGAGGAAGAGGAAGAAGAGGAAGAGGGGGUGGAGGAGGAGGAGGAGGAGGGGGAGGAGGAAGAGCUGCCACCCCAGUAUUUCAGUUCAGAAACCACUGGUUCCAGUGCCCUCAAUCCUGAGGAGGUCCUGGAGCAGCCCCAACCGCUGGGCUUUGGCCACCUGGAGGCUUCAAGGCAGGGCUCACAAAGCCUUCCAGCAGAGCAAGAGUCCUUUGCUCUCCAUUCCAGCGAUUUCCUGUCUCCAGUAAGGGGCCAUUUGGGAUCUCAACCUGAGAAGGCUCUGCCCCCUUGCUAUUAUGGCAUUGGUGGGCUUUGGAGAACAUCAGAGCAGGAGACCACUGAUUCCCCCAAACCAGAAGCUUUGAUGGCAGAAGAGUCCAAACCUAAGCCAGCAUGGAGCCAGAGCUACUUCUUUCCUGAGGAGCAGUUCUCUUUCAUGGGCUGGGGCUCCGAGAAGCAGCACCUCAACCCUGCAGGCUUCAGUGAACCCAAGACAACAGGACAAGAGUUUCAGCACUUCUCACCUCCUCAGGGUGCCCCAGGGAUCCCUACCUCUUACUCAGCUUAUUACAAUAUUUCUGUGGCCAAAGCAGAGCUGCUGAACAAGUUGAAAGACCAACCCGAGAUGGCAGAGAUUGGCCUGGGAGAGGAGGAAAUUGACCACGAACUGGCUCAAAAAAAGAUUCAGCUCAUCGAAAGCAUUGGCAGAAAACUUUCUGUCCUGCAGGAGGCCCAGCGAGGAUUGCUGGAGGACAUCACUGCCAAUUCUGCCCUUGGGGAGGAGGUGGAGACCAACCUAAAAGCCGUCUGCAAAUCCAAUGAGUUUGAAAAAUACCGUUUGUUUAUUGGGGACCUGGACAAAGUAGUCAACCUGUUGCUGUCACUCUCUGGUCGACUGGCCCGUGUGGAAAAUGCUCUCAACAGCAUCGAUUCAGAGGCCAACCAGGAGAAGUUGGUGCUGAUAGAGAAGAAGCAACAGCUGACAGGGCAGUUGGCAGAUGCCAAGGAGCUGAAGGAGCACAUGGAGCGCCGGGAGAAGCUGGUGUUUGGUAUGGUCUCCCGCUAUCUGCCUCAGGACCAGCUCCAAGAUUACCAGCACUUUGUGAAGAUGAAAUCUGCUCUCAUCAUUGAACAGCGAGAGCUGGAAGAGAAGAUCAAGCUCGGGGAAGAGCAACUCAAAUGUCUCAGGGAGAGCCUACUCCUGGGGCCCAGUAAUUUCUAAUUCCACCAGCAGACUGCCUACACCAUCCCUGCCCCGCCAUAAUGGGAAGCGCUUUCAAUCCUUGUUAGCACUUUGUUAGCAAGUAGAUAACAGUUAGUUAGCAGUUUGUUCCAUAUUCUCUACCCUGGCUGUCUCUCACUGCCCCUUAACCUAGCAGUGUUCCCAACCAGCUAAGAGGACCUGGGGAGGCCCCAAGCUUCUACCCAAGGGAGUAGAAGCAAGAAGCAGGAGCUGCAGCAAAGUGUGAUCAUACAACCACACUCUCCUUCCCACAGUUUGCACGGCCAAGCACUCACCACACACAGGACCAACAAAGUGCCUUCAUUAUUCUUUGUACUAGGACACCAGGAACAUCAUGUACUCAGCCACCCACCCACACCAUCAUCAGCCUUUGAAGUCUCAGAGAGAAGUUGCCUGUGCAGCUCCACUGUUCCCCAGGGCUCGUGGCCCAGCCAUUUCCCACAGAGAUCUGGCCGUCUUGAGGGCAUUCACCUGCCACCAGCUUCAGGGCCUCACCCCAGCUUUGCAGUAGGAAGCACAGAAGGAGCAAUGACGUUUAACAGAAUGUGAGCAAAGGUUGGGAAUCGCCUGAUGCCCUGCUAGAAGGAGCUAUGCUUAAACAAACUGGCUCUACCCCUGCCUUCCCCAUUAUCUAGUUGAGGGGGAGGAGGCCUAUCUUCAGCCCCAGCUAGUGUGGCCCUCCUCCUGUCCUAAGACUUUGGCCUACCACUUCCUGUUUCAUCUUGCCGUUUCACUGCUGGGAGUUACAGGUGCCUACCCUAAGGGCUUCACACUAUGGGCCAUGAAUAGCUCUACUAAAGCUGACUUCUGGAUACAUGUUUUAUUAUUGGGGGGAGGGGGUUGUUAUAUUUUAAAUGGCCUUUUGAUUUUAUUUAUUUUUAUGUCUUGAUGUUUUUUUUUUCUUUUUUAACUAAUAAGGUAAGAAGAGGGGAGUUGGAGAGGGAAAAGUUAGCCCAGAAGGAAAGCAUUUUCUGCAGAUCAUCCUGAAUUCACCAUGGCUAGGUAAGCAAGUGCCAAGGCCUUGAAUUCUUCCCACCAUAGCUAACAAGUAUCUAAGGAAGGAGUUCUCACUUUGAACUCAGAGUUUCCCCACUGUGGCCUGGCCAUAUACUUCCCUUGAAGUCUGGAUGACCAUGAGCUUAGAGUUCCCCAACAGGCUUCAACUGCUUAUUCUUUUUUCUUGAAACCAAAGAAAUCUGAAAGGGACAAAGGUUCACCCAUUUCUCUACCAUUUCCAAGCUAAGGAAGGUGUAGAGGUGAGCUCAGGAAGAGCUCCUCUAUCUAAUUGUUUUCUUAUCCUGUGGGCUGGCUCGAGGAACCGAAAUUCACUGGAAGCUCCAGCCAGGGCCAGCCCCCCAGAGCAAGUUAUAGUCCAGCCGGGAUCUUAGGCACACAAAUAAUGAAUGCUGCUGCUGUGGCCACCGGUAGCCAGUUUCUAUCCUGGAAAAGCCCUCAGGUGGGUGAUGGCAGGAAGGGAGUUGUGGCCAGAUGCUGCCCUGUUACCCAGCUCAGUCUUCUGUUCUUUGAUAACUGGGGCCCAUGCUUGGUAUUGCACAGCCCUGUGCAGCCAACCCGGCACUGGCAUCGCUUCUAGUUACUGCUCAGUUCCUCAGGGUCUUUGGAGGUUAACUGUAGCAGCAGGGGUGCCUCAUUCAACCAAAGAAUUUGCCAGGGAACUUUACUGCUGCUACAAAUACUGGUUGCUAGCUUCCGUUUCCUCUUCAUUGUAUUUGGAAACAAUGGAAGAACCUUGGCCAGCAGGGUGUCCUGUGGGGAGGGGUGCCCUGAGUAUGCUCUUAGUACACUGCUGCUGUCAGAACCACUGUUAAAAUGUCAACCUGCCAUUCUCCCAUCAAGUGGAGGAUUCUACUCUAUUCAGGAAGGCUGAUGGCUUAUAAAGGGCUAGGUUUACCUAAGCCAAGGUUGCAUGAGAUGGGGGAAUGCUUUGAAUAGAGGCUGUGGUUGCCAUCUUUUUGGGUUUUUUUGUUUU